AUGCCAACCCCUCCAGCAGCUGUGGCUCCAGCCACGCUCUUCCUCCGCAUGGGGCAAAUUUACCACUGUCUCCGAGGGAGAUGUGGCCGCCGGAACAGGGGCUACAGCAAUGACAUCUCCUCGCACCACAGAGGAUGCGGCGGCAGCAGUGGGGGCUCCUCGAGCCUCCAGGGACACGGCUCCUUCUUCUGUGGUGGAGAAGGCUCAGUCAUCUACAGCCGGACAUCAUCAUCCUGCCAGCCCAUGCCAACAUCGUCCACCUAUGGCAUUGCAGGGGGGUACAGAUGUGGCGGUGAUGGAUCUGUUGUAAUAACCAGUGGUGACAGCGAGGGGACGUCUGGCUGGGCCAUUGCAGGGGGGACAGCCCCAGUCUACGACACCAGGGGGGCAAUAGGGUGCAGCAGUGAGGACUCAGGCCAGAACAUCAUUGGCAGCUCAGGGGGUGGUGGAGGAUCCAGCUGCCACAGUGGGAGACUGGGCAUCACUGCGGGAGGAGGCUCUGGAUACGGAUAUGAUGCAUCACCGAGAGAAAAGGCCUUAACAACAGGUGGGGGCAGUGGUGGAUCAGGAGGCUGCCACAGCACCGAGAGCUCCUCCUGCCACAGCGGAGGCUCCUCCUGCCACGACAACGAGAGGUCCUGCCAUGGCUCCGAGGAGGUCAUCUGCCACGAAGUGAGCGCCGUGCAGGAUGUGACGCCGGUGGUGGUCCUCCCUCCCCAGUGCCCCGGGCAGGUGCCAGUGGUCCCAGCUCCCUGCCAGCAGCAGCAGAUCAAGCAGCCAGUGCAGUGGCCCCCACAGCAACAGAAGUGA